AUGUCUGCCAUCUUGCCCGACCUAUACAAUGAUCCCACCGUAGCCGCCAACUUUUCUAACCACACCAUCUGUUUGUGGGACAGUGGCUUGGGAAUACCAUGUGGCGCAUUUAUUAGUGUAUCGGACCUUUCAAAACAUUUGUGGAUGCACGGGGUGAAUGGGCCGGCAAAAUCGGACAUGUCUUGCGCAUGGGGUGACUGCGGAAGGGCCAUGAAACGGGAGAGCGUUGUUCGACAUGUUGAGGAGGUGCACUUGCAGGAAAUUCUUACGUUUGGGUGCAUACAUUUUGCUGGACUUCUAGGAAUUGUCUGCGAUGAACAUUUUCUUGUACGACCCCGGUAUUCAUCUCCAUCCACAUUGUCGGGGAAUACGGCCGAGUUGAUCAUGGGUCCUCCACUCUCGACCGAGCCUCGCGAUGUAGAUGACCUUGCUGGUCCAGAGAGUAUCUCGCCUGACGACAUUACGGCUGAAUUUGCAGCUCUCGAAGAGUUGAAAAGGACUGAAGAAGUUCAGGGAAUCAACGAAAAUGAAUUGCUCGAGGGCAAUGCUUUUGAUUUCGACGAGUUGGAUCGGGUCGAACAAGGAAUGAUACCACAGGCUAUUUUAGAUGAGAUUGAGAUGGUUGAUUACAAUGGCGAGGGUGAUCAAUGGGACGAUGUAACCUUGAUGUCAUCUUUACAUAGGAAUGCUGUAUGCAUUUUUACCGAGUAACAUAUACGUAGUACAUACGUACAGACUAGCUAGGCACCUAGAGUCGUGCCAUUCCGGUAAAACAACCAGUUUUGCCGGUUAUAUAUUAUAACUGGCAGAACUAAAUCCAAGUAAUUCUGGGCGCCCUUCACACUAAUGUUUCAUGGCCCCGGUUUUCCAAACAAUGUUAACAUCAUUAGAAUUCAACCCUGCCACUCUUGCGCAGAUUUUUACCUACGUUAUAUCUCAUUGACGAAAUACCUGGCCUAGAUACAGGUAUGAAUAAUCUACAGUACCAGAAUAGUAUGAGUGAGAUAACUGUGAAAUAAA